AUAAUUUCCCUCCAUUCGAAUUUGAGUUUUUGUAGUUGAUAAAGUUUGGUGUUUGUGACAAAAAAUGUAUUCAAUUUCUUCGUUACAUCUUUAUUAAUUUAAUGUGAAUUUGUGGUGACAUACUGUUGAUUUUUAUUUCCUUUUACUGGACAUUAAGGAUUUGAUGAACUAAGAUGUCGGAUCCAAAAGACACAGCAGACUGCGAUCAAAGAGGAGACAACCGAAGUUGGCUGGAAAUAUGCGAUGAAGAAUUGGAUGGCGAUAUAAAGGAUGAGCCUGAAGACUCGGAAUUAGACGGAAUAAAGGAUGAACCUUUGUCACCUAUAAAAUACGAAGUCAAAUCUGAAUUAUCGUUAUCGAUUAAAAACGAAGUAAAAGACGAACCGUUAGCUUCCGCGGACUCUGAAAGUGGAGAUGAAUCGUCGUUACCUGUCGACUACAAACCAAAUAUCGCCAACAGUACGAUCGAAGAAGGUGAAAUACGAAGCGAUCUAGACGAUUCGAUCGUUAAGACAGAAAAACCAAACGACGAAGGAUUCGCUAGCUCGGCGGCCAUUUCUAAUAUUCUUUCUUACGCGAAAGUACUUUCUCGAGGAAGUGGAUCGGAAAAUGUGCCAAAACGGAAACCAGCUAGUGAUAUUCCUACUGAAGAUCUCAGUUUGACGAGUCAUUUAGACGUUUUCCACGUUGAUAGCCCUUGUAAGGAGGUUAUCAGAGAUGAAGCGGAAAUUGAGUUAAUGAUUGAUGAAGAUACAAUCAUGUUCAGUCCGGUGAAAAAAAUGGAAAAUCCGGCCAAAAAUAUGAAAAGGUCGUUCCACUUGAUCGAGUCUCCGAUACAAAAUCGAAGAGAACGUACUAACAGUGUUCAUAGUACUCAUAAAGUAUCCAAAUCUGAUCAAUGCUCAGAUGUACAUUCAUCCAAAACUGGUUCAAGUAGCACUAAAAGUGAUUCUCCGAGUUCAAAACGCGAAGUGGAAAGAAAUCCUGAUAUUCUUGCUAGGAGACAAAAGCAAAUCGAUUAUGGAAAAAAUACGCUCGGUUAUCAGAACUAUUGUCAGCGCGUUCCAAAGUUUAAACGAACCAAAGAUGACCCGAAAACGCCUCCGAAGCAUUUAAAGUUGUCUAGAAGAGCAUGGGACGGAUUGGUGAAAAAUUGGCGUGUGAAAUUACACAAAUAUGACAGUGAAGAUUGCGAUAAAGACAGCAUCAAUUCCGACCCAUACUCUUUAUCUUCGGAGAUGUCGUCGAAUUAUGAUUCAAGUUCCAUUCAAUCUGAUUCUACGCCAUCUACUCCAAGUCAAGUAAAUUCCCAGAAAAAAAAUGGACCAGAAAACUAUCCUUGGAAUGGUAAAAGUCAUAAAGCAGAGAAGACUAAAGAGUUAUGGCCAGAUUGCCCUCAAAAAUCAGAUAAGUCUGAUGACGAAGAGUAUUUAGGGUGUGAAUCGUUAAAUGAAAACUGUGUGGAAGCCUGCUCCUAAUUGUAAAUAUUACUUUGUUCUUUUAUAUCUUGUUCUCUAUCAUUACCCCUGAACGACGUAUGGUUCAGUUGACUAUUCUGUAUUGUUACUAGAUUAUAAAAACGUGGUAAAUUUUUUUAUUCUAGAGUUAGUUUUGUCUGCAUUAAUUAAUGAUCUACGUUAUCUAACCAUCCUGCUGUUUUUUGUGCAACUUUCUUUUAGUUUCAUAAGACGUAUAAUUCAAGAAUGAGUACUCUAAGAAGUGUAAAAUUUGUGAGUUUUGUUCGGAGAAAAAUAUUCAUCAAAAAAUACAAACGAGUCGACUUUCAUUUGUGAUUUAGUUUAUCAUUGCCUACGUAUAUAGAUUUUUUAAUAGUAGAUAUUUUCCAAAAAUAUUAUUUGGAAGGAACUUUUUUUAAUAAUCAAUAUAAGUUUUCUUACACGUC